AUGAUCACCAGGCACAAGGCGAAGGAACAUCACUUGUCACUUGUUGCUCGCAGCAGCACAAUAAUUGUGAGAGAACCAAAUACUACUAAGGAAGCACUAAGAUCACCUCAGUGGCUUGCAACAAUGCAUGAAGAAAUUGAUGUUUUACAUACUAACAAGACAUGGGUUUUGGUGCCCAAAUCUCCUGGUAUUAACUUGGUUGGCUCAAAAUGGGUGUUCAAGACAAAAUUAAAAGAUGAUGGGACAGUAGAUAGAUACAAGGCCAGACUUGUGGCAAGGGGAUUCUCGCAAUUUGAAGAGAUAGAUUUUGAAGAAACAUUUAGUCUUGUGGUUAAAGUUACAACUAUUGGAAUUGAGGUGAAGUAUUUCGAAGGUGGAAUUCACUUAAAUCAAAGCAAGUAUGUUGCUGAGCUGCUGGCCAAAACAAAGAUGACUUUGGCAAAGGCUGUAGCCACUCCUUUGGCUCAAAAACAUGGUUUGCAUGAAGCUGUGAGAAGUCUUGUAGAUGCAUCCUUGUACAAAAUGAUAGUAGGGAGCAUUCAAUAUUUGACCCUCACAAGACCUGAUAUCACUCAUGCAUCUAGCAAGCCAGUUUAUGUAAAGCCCAAACAUUGA